CUCUUUCUUUCAUUCUUGCACUCUGUACUCCACUGCUUGCUUGUUAUUUCCCUCCAGAUCUUUUACAUCGGCCUUCACCAGAGACUCAAACACCAGAACAACACCCCAACAGCCAUGGGUUGCGAUGGAGGCUCUAUCCCCAAGAGGGAUGAACUCGUCAAGCAAAAGCAAAAGCAGGCCAAGGUCGACCAGAACAUCCUCAACAGAGUCCAGUGGUUCUCCUGUGCACUCUCAAAGAAACCACUCACUGCCCCCAUCGUCUCCUGCGGCCUCGGAAAACUUUACAAUAGGGAUGCCAUACUGGAGUUCCUUCUGGACAGGUCCGCCUAUGGUGAUGGCGAUCUGAUUUGUAAGCACAUCAGAUCGCUCAAGGAUGUUGUUACCCUGCAACUCGAACUCAAUCCUUCAUUCUCUGAGAGCAACUCGCCCAGUCUGACGAACCAUGAUCAGGAACCAAUUGCACGCUAUAUCUGUCCGAUCACUAUGAAGGAGAUGAAUGGAAAGCACCGCUUUGUCUACCUGGAUACCUGCGGAUGCGUCAUGUCUGAGCAGGCGUUAAAGGAGGUUCCCUCAAAGACUUGUAUCAAGUGCGCUAAGCCCUUCGAGUCCUUCGACGUCAUUGUACUGAAUCCAAGGCCCGAUGAGCUGGAAGCAAUGGAAAAGGCACUAUUGGAAAAGCAUGCAAGGAUCAUGACGGAAAAGAAGGAGAAGAGAAAGGCCAAAGCCAGCAAGAAGGAGGUCGAGAAGAUGAACAGUGCUGACUCCACUCUACUCAAUAAUACAUCUUCCAGCAAACGAAAAUUGGAUGAGGCGACUGAAGCACCAAAGCACAAGAAACAACACGUCGCGGAAAAGCCCCCUUCUGCUCAACCAAUUCAAUCCGUGACGCAUUCGCUGACUGCUGCAGUUGCAGCCAAAGUCGCAGAACAAAUGGCUGUCAAUGCCACUCGUCAAAAAUCAUCGGCACUCCAGUCUCUUUACAGCCGCGGAAGGACCUCGAAGGAGAAUUUUAUGAACCGUUGAAACCGGCCUCUUUUCUGUCAUGUAUAUUACCUCUAUAUGUCAAUAAACCAUUGCCAAUCAUAACGAUACGGACAUGAUACUUGGGUAACUCCCUAAUCGAGGCUCUUGUCGACAACCUGGUUGCUAGUCUUAUUCAAGAACCUCCUGUAGGAAAUCUAUUGUGCGCUUGC